AGAGAGGGGUGGGGGGGGGAGUGUUGUCUGACUGGGGCUGAGAGGGACCUCACGCCUCUGGAUGAGCGGACACCGAUGUGCAACAACUCCUCCAACUACUGCCACCGCUGCUGCAGCUGCUCCGUCGCCUCUCCGCCGGUCCUCUUAACUUCUGCCAUGGCAUAACCUCCUCUUCCAGCCUCUAAUCCACCAGGGAAACAGGCAUGCAUGGGCACAAAAAGGGAUCUAGGCUAUCGCAUCCUACACGUCAGUAAUUCACAGUCUGAGGAAACAUGGUGAGCAAGGAGGGUGGCAAAUGCAUGCUCACCAACUCAGAGUCUGACUCGGAAGCAGCGCCCCUACCGUCCACCUCGCUCGCACUGGAGGUGAAGUGUUCCCUGGAAGCCAGUCGACAGGUGAGGAAGAGGAACAAGGCCCUGCAAGUGCGUUUCAAGGAUAUCUGUGAGGCGCAGAACGAGCAGAGGGAGGCGGAGUUGCAAGCGGCGGGGAGAGGUGGCAAGCCGCUCUCGUACAAAGUGGCAUACCGAAGGUACAUGACUGUCCCCGCCCGCAGAUCCAUCCCAAAUGUUACCAGGAGCACCGGCGUACAGACGUCGCCCGACUUGAAAAAACGCUAUCAGACCUUUCCGUUCGAGCGCAAGAAAGGCCACACCUUUAAACACGUGGCUGCCGUGGAAACUUAUAAAGGUCAGAAUAACGGUUUUGUCAUGGAGGUGAAGCAGUCCAAGGCUGCAGAGCAGGGUGUAGAUGAGGAGGAGGAGGGAGCCUGUGGGGGGAGUGGAGUCCGGAGGACCAGGGCUCUGCUCCAUACUAAUGAGUGCGUUGCCACAGUGGAGCAGCACACUGCACCUGAUGGCCUGUGCUCUGACGCUCUGCUGCUCGCUUGCUCUGCAGACACAGACUGCCUUGCAGACACACAGAGAGGAAGAGGAGCCCAGGCGGAGUACCAGCUCUGCAGUGUCCCAUCUAAAGCCCGGACAGGAUUACAACACACAGAGGCCGACACAGACCGUUUGACCAGGAGGCAGCUGCUAAAUCUGGAGGAGGGCUCGUCCCGAACCCUGCCGGACAGGGCCUCCAAGGUUACAGGCCCCAUUGCCUGGAACUCGCUCACCCAGGUGGAGUGUCUGGACAGCCCGUCUGUGCGGAGCAAGCGGAAGAAAGCGCUGCAGCUCAACGGGCUGCAGAGUGAAACGCUACCACGCUCCAGCAGAGGCUGUACGACACAGGCACAGUGCCACACGGGACAGUUAUCUGCCCGGCCUCUGCGGGUCAUUGGCGAGCCUCUGUCACCCUGUAGUGGUGUUGGAGCCGUUGGGGCGACGCCUGACCAACCACAGGAGGUCUGUAAGCAAAUAGUGCCUAUGAAUAAGGACGGGGAUGUUAAAGCACAGCUCCAGGCGAUGGAAAAUCUCAUCAGCUCGAGCCAGGAAACCAUCAAGGUGCUGUUGGGGGUCAUCCAGGAACUGGAGAAGGGCGAGGCCCACAGAGAAGGACUCACCUAUCGAACCGGACAGGACACAGCCAACUGCGACACGUGCCGGAACAGCGCAUGCAUUAUUUACAGUGUGGAGCUGGACUUCAAGCUGCAGGAGGACAAGCUGCAGCCGCUGAUGAAGAGGCUUUGCCCUACAGAUGACACCCACUUCCCCCCCUUGACUUACCCACAGGAGGCCUUCACCUCCACCCCAAAACGCAAGUCCAAAGCGGACUCCAAGAAGCACGCUCGCUGGAAACUUUGGUUCUUGUGAAAAAAAACACAGGACGGACUUUUUCACCCGCUACCAAUGCACAGGAUUUACGCAACGCCCAUACUUUAUUGGUUUUCCCACCGUCUUCUGUUCUCUCACAUCGGCUACUUGGCUCAAAAGAAUGGAAAGUACUACCACUGGAUACUGAUCCCCUUUUUCGGAGAAGACAGGAUGUGUUAUGGGACACAUGAGUGGAUUCCAUGGAAAAUUCAAAACGUCACGCUUACCAAAAAGAAAAAGAAAAAAAAAAACGGAUUCACAGUUAUUUUGAACUAAUUCCUUCAAACAGGGUGUGAAAUUACACCAGGGAAACAUAUUUGGAGAUCAGCAAGGUGAGGAGAUGAAUUUGAUUUCCCUCUGUCUAUUUGCAUAUAUUUUUCUAGCCGACGUCUUCGGGGAUUUGUUCUAUGAUAAUGGUUCAGCGAUCGUCACGUUUCUAUUCACACCAGUUGGGACUUCUCAGCUGCCUCCAGGAGAGGCCGGCACGUCGACCACCGCGCCCCUGAGGUCUACAGCAUAUGACCGUACAGCAAAGCACAAUUAACACUGUUCAGGAUACAUUUUCUCCAGAAUAUUUCAAAAGAACUAUUUUGAGGAUUAACUCACGCUGUCUAGAUCACUUAUUCAACCAUGACAGAUUCAAGACUUUCAUAUUAUGUAAGGAAAAGAAAAAAAAAAAAAACCCAAAGGACAAAGAAGUCAGACAUGUUUAUUGGAAUUCUAUGAUCAACUUUCUAUCCAUUGCUAAAAUGUCUCCUUGAAUCAACUGACUUUGAAGUAAAGAAUGAAUAAAUAACACUUAUUUUCCUAAUGACAUUUGCAAAGUUAGACAUCAACGUACUUUUUUCUACAUAAAUAUAUAUAUAUAUAUCUAUUUCACUCACUUUAGGGUUUAAGGGGAUAUAUUUAUUUGAGCUGCUGUGAAGGAGGCUGUGCAUUUUUAACCAGAGAGCAAAAGACGUGAAAUUAAGACUCUUGAUAUCUCGCUAUACGUCAAAGAAGUUUUACUAACCUCACGAUGCAUAAGCUCAUUAAACCGUAAAGAAAAGAGACAACCAAUACGUUCAAAAUGCAUCAGUAUGAAAUUAUAGAGUUGUCCGUCUCAAGACAGGAAAACAGCUUAUUCUUUAAAAAGGGAAAGGUUUCUUUUGAAGAGGGGUUGUAUGAGGUAAAUGACAAAAGUGAGCAUGCUAACGGUUAGCACAGCUCCUGCUUUUGCAGAAAGCUGCCUGAGAAAUGACAUUACAGCUAAACUAUGGACCGCUGUACAUGGGUAUGUAAGAAAAAUUGGACUUAAGAAGACUUCCACCAAAACAAACACCAUAUCACUUCAUGUGUGCGUAAUGUGUCUGUGGCAAGCUCAACUGAAACUUUAUGUUCACUUUCAAAAAUCCAUAAAAUUUAACAUUUAGAGUAUUUUAAGAAAGAAUUUACUGGACUUCACAUUUCACUGUGUUCUUCUAAGACAGCUGGGUCUUUAAACACCAACAAUCCAGGUAAUACACUGAGGCAACUUCACGUUAGAAGAACGUUUUUUCUGAAGAUUAUGUCAAAUUUACGGUAGCAACAAAGCUAGCUAGACAUUAGCUCCAGAGCGCUGCUGCUGCUGCACCAAACCAUCAGGAAGACAGCCUUUGAUAAAUAAAUCAAAUUCAUUUUAAAGUUUCCUCCUCUCUCUGUGUUCGGCCCGAUUCAUCUUAAGAAGUUUUUUUUUUCACCUUGUCUCUCAUGUGAUAGUCCUUUCAUCACUUCCAUCAUUAGUUUACUGCCUCUUUUUAGUUUCAUUUCUUUAAGCACUAAUCAGAAAAGCUAAUCUGAUACAGUGUGCAGCACGCCUAGGAAUACAGGAGUGUGGUAGGGUUAAAGGUCAUAGGAGAAAGGGCUGUCUGAGGCUCAGGAGAAGUGUUAAAAAUGUUCAAAAACACAACACCAUUCAAAGUGAGAUUCAUAUUACUUCAUGUGGAACCAUUUUUUAAGUUGCUAAAAUAUGUUUUGUACCUGUGUGCACUGUACAUCGCUUAGCUUCCCUUCCUUUGGCCAGUUGUUUUCCACUAAGGGGCCCUGCUGACUGGCACCAGCUGUGGAUGAUACAUAUACCUCAUACAACCCUAGUUUUUUAAAAAGUGGGCUAACUGUCUCUUUGAAGUCAACACACCAAGCAGAUUACGUAAUGUUGGUUUUUAGCACAUGUGAGGGGUUACAGCCGAUAGUUGUGAUUGUAUUGCCGCAGUGUCCUGCAUCAGCUCCUCAAACUAAGCCAGAAAGAGUGAAUGUGCCACUUCUGAUCACAACCAGGGCUUCUACAGUGCAGGGUGGCAGCAGCUUAGCCCUGCAUGCUUUUUACUCACCCCUGCUUUUGCGGGAUAUUUUCUAGCUUUUAAAGACACAAUUUUUAAAGAGAAAAACAAUUGAUCUCCCCCUCCCCCACCACUUUUUUUUUUAAAUGACUAGCUCCUGCUCAUCGCUUCCACAUCUACUCGACUGUAUAGUAAAAACUCAUCAAGUAACUCCAUACAGGGAUCUAAGAUUAUGUAUAGCCUAAGAAUAUUUGCUUUUACUAUCUACAGUAUAGAUAUAUGUUGUAUAGCAGAAAAUAGGGCUAAUACCAUUUUAAUGAGCGGGAAAGCAGCCAGUAUCUAAAAGAAAAAAAACAGCAUUACGCUGAGGAGCAGAACAGUAAAGUCACUCUCAAAGCCAAAAACACUGCCCGAAAGACAGGAAAUUCACCAGAGUGGUUUCAAGGGCAAAAAAAAGAAACACUUCUGUCCCAAUCAACCCCUCGCAGACUACUUGAUACGACUGGUUUGAUCUUCACAGGCUCCAACGUGCUGCUUUCUGUUGGCUUCAUGUGAUUCACUUCAUCACUCCUGUACAUGCACAGUUGUUUUUUUUUUUUCUUUCAGUAGUUACGCUGUAGCACCGAGACAGAACUAGAUGUUUUAUCUGUACCUUAAAGAAGUGCAAUUGAUUUAUUAUGUGCAAUACUGUGUAUUUUAUACUGUUUUUACAAAAAAAAGAGAAAAAAGAAAACAUAAUUAUUAAGAUAUUUAAUAUGCAAAAUAUGA